AACCAGACUUCUUUCUUCUAUCUCCCCAUACUCUGCAAACAUCCUCGGUUGACGAUUCUUCCACCUUUUCCAUCCUUUCCAUCCUCUGCAUCCUUCCAGCAUCUCCAGAUGUCAACCAUCCCCGACGACGCGAGCACCAUCCCCCCCGAGAUGGCCGCCGCCGCCGACGACCUGAAAGCGGGGCACUUCCAGACCCUGACGAUCGAACCCCCCCACCGCAUCAUCAUCACUGACACGCUGUACGGCACGCACCAGAUCAUCGAGCCCGUCCUCCUCGACCUCCUGCAGAGCCCGGACCUGCAACGCCUGAUCGGUAUCUGCCAGCACGGCGUCACCGGCCACCUGGGCCUCCUGCCGGGAGCCGUCAAGAUCACGCGCUUCGAGCACUCGGUGGGCGCGUGCCUGCUCGUGCGGACGCAGGGCGCCACGCUCGAGGAGCAAGUGGCCGCGCUGCUGCACGACAUCAGCCACACGGUGCUCAGCCACGUCGUGGACUGGGCGCUGUCCGACGACCCGCACGAGGCGAGCUUUCACGAGGUGCACAAGGCGCGCUACCUGCAGACGACGGGCAUCCCGGCCAUCCUGGCGCGGCAUGGCAUCCCCCUGACCGUGCUGCACGAGGAGCAGUACCCGCUCGUCGAGCUGCCGGCGCCCCAUCUCUGCGCGGACCGCCUCGACUACGCCCUCCGUGACGGCCUCGCCUUCGGUAUGCUGACCCUCGACCGCGUGCGCGCGCUGCUGCGCUGUCUGCGCGCGUUUCCCUACCCGACCGCCCGCCACCGCAUCCUCGUGCUCGAGGACCGCCGCGUCGCCCUCGCCUUCGCCCGCGUCUACCUGCAGAUCGACCAGGAGGUCUGGUCCCACCCCGCCCAUGCCGACAUGUACAAGCGCACCGGCCGGCUGAUCGGGGAUCUGGUGCGCCAGGGCAAAAUGGCCGAGGAGGUGCUCUGGACGCUCUCGGAUGAGGAGUUCUGGGCGCUGUUGCUGCAGCUGGCGGAUGCCGAGGGGGCGGCGAUGUUGAAGUCGUUCGAGCGCGAUGGGCUGGUGGAGGAGCAUGGCCUGCCACUGCCCAAGAAUGCUAAGAUCAGGACCGUCGAUCCGGACGUCUGGGAGAAUGAGUACGUCCCCGCGCCGCUGUCGCAGUUGAAUCCCGAGUGGGCGGCGGAGCGUCAGGCCUACAUUGCGCGUCGCGAGGCGACACGGGCGUUGGACUAAUUGGGAGGGGGUAGGAACUUGGAAAGACUAGACUGGAUGCUUCAGGAUGAAGUACGCGUGCAUGUGGCAAUCUCUGGAUGAAAUGGUUGUUUCCCCUUGUAUCUAUCUGCAUCUUGCGUGGGCAUACACAUUGGCGCUAUAUCAGAGCUGGUUGGCAGAGACGAGGCCCUUGGUGGAAUGAGAUGACCGCAAUAAUCAGCUGCAUACGAAGUUAAUGCGCACUCA